AUGUUUACGAAAUAUGCUAAUUAUGUUGGUUUCCGUUUACCAGUUGCAGUGAGCUCAUUUCUAAAAGAUACGGUAAGGUUUGCAUCGGGCAGGGACUGGUUCGCGCCCUCUGGUUGCGCCAAAGUUAUUGAACCCAAAUGUGAUCCAAACUAUCCAGAGGUUUGCGCUGAAAGUGCAAUAAAAAAUGUGCCGAUGAAAAAAUAUUCUCGCCCAACAAGAUACCAUCGUUCCGGUCGAAAGGAAACUGGUAUGUGGAAACAGCCCGAUUGUUGUGCUUCAACGUGCCCAGAUUUGCCAGUGCGUAUGGAUGAGAUCUGCUACAAAUCGAGUGACAAACGACGCAACUACAGGCAAACCUGGGUAUCUUGUCCUCCGCUUAGUACAUUAGAAAUAGAAAUGCGCUGCACUUGCGAUGACUAUCCGAUAAAACCGUUGCCCAGAAGAAAAAAGGAAGAACUACCCAGGAAAAAGGGUUUAGGAAAACAAAUAUGCCUAUUGGCUUGCAAAAUGUCAAAUAAAUACAGAUGGUUAAUGCCAUGUCAAGGUCUUUAUCCAGCGCAUCCGAAACAGAGAAAACUAUGCUGUUUCAGGGCUUACAAACAUGGGUGUGAUCCGCCACGUAAUCCCCCAAAAUGCCAAAGACUAUUUUCACCUAGUGGCUGCAAAAAAGAGCCUACUCCAUAUCCAUCCUUUUCAGAGUGCCAGAAAAUCUGUAAGACGGAAGCCGACACAAGGCAGUGCUUCAAUGCUGACGCUAGAGCACCUACGAUGUGUGAAGUUUGGGAUGAAUUUCGAAAACGUCUUUUCUUACCCCCACCCUAUGAGGUUGCACGAUAA